AUGGCGCCGUUUCAAACAUCUGUAACAUUAACGCCAGACAAUAGAGACGGUCAAGAGAUAAUUGAAGUGCAAAUAUUGCCGCAAGAUGACAAUUGGGGCGAGAACACUACAGCUAUAACUGGAAAUACUUCUGAACAAUCACAAUCAACAGAAGAUGUGAGCAAUUGGCCAGGGGAGCCAGAUACUGGCAUAGGUUUUAUGUGUCAGCGCUAUAUGGGCGCACUGAUAACCUAUAUAUUAGCAACUGUAGCAUUUCUGAGUCCUGUAGCUAUGGUGGUAUUUCCAAAGUUAGGUUUUUUUCCUGCUCUGUCAAAUCGAUUAGGUCUUGCCGAAGGCGACCGAUUGUUAGCUUGUGGAGCUGAGUGCAAGGGUCAGUUAGUAUCGUUGGCGUUCAAAAUGAUUAUUUUAGCCAUUGGUGCUUGGGCUGUUUUUCUAAGAAAACCCCAUGCCACGUUGCCAAGGUUUUUUUUAUUUCGCGCUGGUGUUUUGGUGUUUGUUUUAAUUUGUUGCUUCGCCUAUUGGCUAUUUUACAUUGUGCAAGUAACGGAAACUGCAAGAGCUGCAACAACUCCUGAAGAAACUGUAGAUUAUAAAGCUCUAGUAGCCUAUGCAUCUAGUCUUACUGAUACAUUACUUUUCAUCCACUAUUUAGCAGUUGUUUUAGUGGAAAUAAGACAUUUACAGCCAUUAUAUUACAUUAAAAUUGUAAGAAGUCCUGAUGGAGCUAGCCAAGCCUAUGGUAUUGGCCAGUUAAGUAUCCAAAGAGCUGCAGUAUGGGUCUUGGAAAAAUACUAUACAGAAUUUCCUAUUUAUAAUCCAUACUUAGAACGUAUACCUGUAUCAAAAUCGCGCAAAACUUCAACUUGUUUCAAGUUUUACGAUGUAGAUGGUGCAAAUAAUUCACAAAUUCAACAAUCACAGUCACGAGCUAUGCUUGCUGCUCAUGCUAGAAGAAGAGAUUCGAGUCACAAUGAGAGAUUUUAUGAAGAGCAUGAAUAUGAGCGUAGAGUUAAGAAACGUAGAGCUAGAUUAGUGACUGCUGCUGAAGAAGCUUUUACACACAUCAAACGCCUCCACCACGAUCAAUUAUCAGCCAUUCCAAUGGAUCCUCAUGAAGCCGCUCAAGCAAUUUUUCCUUCUAUGGCCAGAGCUUUGCAAAAAUAUCUUAGAAUUACUAGGCAGCAACCUAGACACACUGUUGAUUCAAUUUUAACUCAUUUGGCGAAUUGUUUAAGUAACGAUUUAACCCCUAAAGCAUUUUUGGAACCAUUUUUAAUCAGCGAACCGGUACUACAGAACGAGAAAGAGCAAAAAGGAGUUCAAACCUGGGCCUUGAUAUGCGAAGAACUGCUCACUAGGCCUAUAAAUGAUGGAAUUUUGUUUCAACUAAGGCAAAAUGAUGUGUCUUUGCUCUGCGUUGUGAAGAAAUUACCUCAUUUCAAUAUUACAGAAGAAGUUGUUGAUCCGAAAAGUAAUAAGUUUGUUUUAAGAUUGAAUUCGGAGACAUCUGUAUGA